CACCCCGCCCCAUUCUCCCGCUUUCCAUCACCCCGCCCCAUUCUCCCGCUUUCCAUCACCCCGCCCCAUUCUCCCGUUUUCCAUCACCCCGCCCCAUACUCUCUCUUUUUAUCACCCCGCCCCAUUCUCCCUCUUUCCAUCACCCCGCCCCAUUCUCCCGCUUUCCAUCACCCCGCCCCAUUCUCCCGCUUUCCAUCACCCCGCCCCAUUCUCCCGCUUUCCAUCACCCCGCCCCAUUUUCCCGCUUUCCAUCACCCCGCCCCAUUCUCCCUCUUUCCAUCACCCCGCCCCAUUCUCCCUCUUUCUAUCACCCCGCCCCAUUCUCCCUCAUUCCAUCACCCCGCCCCAUUCUCCCGCUUUCCAUCACCCCGCCCCAUUCUCCCGCUUUCCAUCACCCCGCCCGUUCUCCCGCUUUCCAUCACCCCGCCCAAUUCUCCCGCUUUCCAUCACCCCGCCCCAUUCUCCCUCUUUCCAUUACCCCGCCCCAUUCUUCCUCUUUCCAUCACCCCGCCCCAUUCUCCCUCUUUCCAUCACCCCGCCCCAUUCUCCCUCUUUCCAUCACCCCGCCCCAUUCUCCCUCUUUCCAUCACCCCCCCCAUUCUCCUGCUUUCCAUCAUCCCGCCCCAUUCUCCCUCUUUUUAUCACCGCACCCCAUUCUCCCUCUUUCCAUCAACGCGCCCCAUUCUCCCUCUUUCCAUAACCCUGAACCAUUCUUCCGCUUUCCAUCACUCCGCCCCAUUCUCCCGCUUUCCAUCACCCCGCCCCAUUCUCCCUCAUUCCAUCACCUCGCCCCAUUCUCCCGCUUUCCAUCACCCCGCCCCAUUCUCCCUCAUUCCAUCACCCCGCCCCAUUCUCCCUCUUUCCAUCAACCCGCCCCAUUCUCCCGCUUUCCAUAACCCCACCCCAGUCUCCCUCUUUCCAUCACCCCGCCCCAGUCUCCCUCUUUCCAUCACCCCGCCCCAUUCUCCCUCUUUCCAUCACCCCGCCCCAUUCUCCCGCUUUCCAUCACCCCGCCCCAUUCUCCCGCUUUCCAUCACCCCGCCCCAUUCUCCCGAUUUCCACCACCCGCCCCAUUCUCCUGCUUUCCAUCACCCGCCCCAUUCUCCCGCUUUCCAUCACCCCGCCCCAUUCUCCCUCUUUCCAUCACCCCACCCCAUUCUCCCGCUUUACAUCACCCCGGCCCAUUCUUCCGCUUUCCAUCACCCCGUCCCGUUCUCCCGAUUUCCAUCACCCCAACCCAUUCUGUUAUAG